AAAACAACCAGACAAUACCGGACCGGAUCUCUACAGCUCAAUUUACUAAAGAUUUCGACUUUAUAACCAAAGUCUCCAACUUUCUUUCCCCAAAGAACACCCGAAUCCAAUAUUCCACAAAAAUCUCUCUGCGAUGGCGCAAAAUCCAAAUCCCCAUCUGGGUCUCGCUCUAAUUGCGCUGUUCUUUCUUGCCCCCAUAAUCGAUUCCGUCUCUGUUUCCGAUUCUGAUCCUAACCCACCAACAGUUUACGAAAUCUUGCCCAAAUUCGGCCUCCCAGGCGGCCUUCUACCCAACUCUGUCACCAACUACACCCUCCAGAGCGACGGCAGGUUCACCGUGGAAUUGGAGAAGCCUUGCUAUGUGCAGUUUGAGUACUUGGUGUACUACGACAAGACCAUCACGGGGAAGCUCAGUUAUGGCUCCAUAACUGAGUUGGAAGGCAUUCAGGUGCAGCGAUUCUUCUUUUGGUUAGGUGUCGACGAGAUCAAGGUUGAUUUGCCGCCGUCCAAUUCGAUUUACUUCCAAGUCGGGUUUAUUAACAAGAAGCUUGACCUUGAGCAGUUCAAGACAGUGCAUUCUUGCCGUGAUGGAUUGAAGGGACCUUGCCGGGGUUCCUGGAAAUGGGUCCUUGAGCUUCCAACACCUACAGAAGACAUCCCAAUGCUAAUUACUGAGUAGCUGCGGUCAAGUGCAUCUGCAGCUUGGGAGAUAUAGUAUAGAAUGCAAGUUCUAUAUGAUAAUUUUCAGACUCACAAUUACGAGUCUGCAAAGCCUUACCGGAACAAGUUGGUUUAAGUAAAGUGUGCGUGUGUAUAUAUUCUCUAGCUUCUAGGUUCUAGCUAAUGUACCAAUCUAUCCUAUGUUUCGAGUCUACGUACUGAAGUAUGAAAUGAAGAACAAUUUCUGGCAGUCAUCUAUUGAUGAUGUUGCUUGUCUUCCUUCUCUGUUUCAUUAAGCUGCAAAAGCAGAUAUAGGAAAUUGUGUCACACCUAUUUACUGGACAAUAGAGCUGAAUAAUUGUUGUUGUCCUGACAUCAAACAUAUAGAUAUACAAUGUUUCAGGAGACUUACACUUUGUUUGGAUAGAAAAUAGUAAAGGGAAGGGAAAGGAGGGAAAUGAUGGAAAAUAAAAGGAAAUGGAGGGG